AUGCAGCGUGGUGUCAGUAUCUUGGUAGGAUAUUGGACGCAAGGAACACCUGAAGCAAUAACGAUUGAUGCAGAAAUGGCUGGAAUAGACCCUAUUUACGGAUUUCCACGAGUUUGUGAUAACACUCCUGUUGCGGCUAUGUUCCAGAUGUUACCGAUCGAUCCGAAGACUGGAAAGCUGGACAGCAAUGAAAUCCAUGAUGAAAAGCAAAUGAUAGUGGAACUGGAAGCGAAAUGCUUCAAGGCUCGUAUAGCAUUCGCCAAACAUACAGAACGAUGUCCGUGGUGCUUGAUGACACCCACUCAAAUGAGUCCACAGGCGAUUGACGUAUCGACAGAUGCAGAGGCACGAUUGGAUGAGGAUGGCGAUAUGAUGUAUGGAAAUGAAUUGAGACUGCUCGGUUUGGGACUGUUGGCGCUGUUAGCAGUGCUCAGCUCAACGGCAUUCAUCUGCAUACUCGCCAUGUUCUUACAGCAAAAGCGAUCACUAUUUCCCUCUUCGUGCUAUCCCAACAACAAAUACGAUCGAACAAAUCGUCUCGGUGCGUGUUCGUUACAAACACCUCGGCACAAUAUCAAUGUCACUGCACCCCACGAUGGAUACGAGGAGUUCCUCGAUCAAGUUCAUCCGUACUGGCUUCACUGUCCUGCCAACAACACCAGCACUGGACUGUUUACACCAGUCAAAACCCCCGCAUCACGACCAUCACUCGGCCAACGAACCACCGUCUAUCAUCAACUCUCGGCCAAUUCCACUCUCGGUGUCCACACUGACGACAGUGGGCUCGAGUCCUUCUAA